UCUUCCCUGAGCGAGAACUCUCAGGACUGAUUGUUUAAUUUUAUUCCUCUAUCUCAUUUCGUUGCUCGACUGAUCUUUGACUUCUGAUUUUUUAGCUCUUCAUCUGCUUUUGUGAUGGCGAGUAUGGUAUUCACAGUAACCCGCCUCAACUUAGCAGCCAUACUCGUCAUUUCACUACUUCCUGGUUCCUCUUUCUAUUAUUUGUUUAGUAAUUUAAGUUUCCCAUGUCAUCACCGGCCAACUGAUAGGCCUGAGUCCAUCAUCCGUAGAUCCUUCGCAGAUGCAAGCAGUUAAGGAAGCGCUGCAUGUAGCUACAGCCCCUACCAAUGUGGCAUGUCGCAAGGAUGAGCAGAAAAGGAUUCUUGAGUUCUGCAAGGCUUGCAUCGAACAAGAGAAAGCUGGUAGUUUGUAUGUAUGCGGUUCCCCUGGAACUGGAAAAUCGUUGUCCGUUGAUAAAGUGAAAGACCUUCUAGCCGUGAGGUCAAAAGAGGUGGGAUUUCAGUCACUGGAUACAUUAGCCAUAAAUUGCACUUCUCUCACUAACACAUCCAAAAUUUUUAGCAAGAUACUUGAGAAAUUUCAUUAUUGUAAGAAGACAAGCGAUGGUUUUUCGCCUCUUCAGCAUCUCCAAAAUUUAUUUUCUCAUAAAAAGCAGCCAUCUUCAGGAAAGAUGAUGUUGAUCAUUGUUGAUGAGAUGGAUUACUUGAUAACUAAAGACUGUGCUGUGCUUCAUAAUCUUUUCAUGCUUACAACUUUCCCAUUUUCCAGAUGCAUUCUAAUAGGAAUAGCAAAUGCCAUCAACUUAGCAGAUCGAUUUCUUCCAAAACUUGAAUCACUGAAUUGCAAACCUGUGGUCAUAACUUUCCAUGCUUAUUCUAAAGACCAGAUACUGAAAAUCCUUCACCACAGGCUUAUGGUUCUUCAAUUCGAUGUCUUCCAACCUUUAGCACUGGAAUUUUGUGCUAGAAAAGUUGCAGCGGCAUCUGGAGAUAUGAGAAAAGCGCUUGGUGUUUGCAGGAGUGCAGUUGAGGUGCUUGAAGCACAGCUGCGAGAUGCUACUAGAAACCAAGAUACUGACAUUGUGAUGUUUGAUCAUAUGAAUAUUGCUUUGUCCAAGGCAGUCAAGUCAGCAGUAGUAGAUACCAUACAAUCUCUUCCACAACAUCAACAAAUAAUAUUAUGCUCCUUAGUGAAGCUAUUUCGCCAGUGCAAGAAGAAUGCUACAACUCUUGGAGACCUGAAUAAAGCAUAUUCGGAAACCUGCAAAUCCAGUCAAAUCCCUGCAGUAGGAACACUGGAAUUUACAAACAUGUGCAAAGUGCUGAGUGAUCAGGGGCUUCUCAAGCUUGGGCAAUCUAGGGAAGAUAAAUUGAAGAGAGUGACAUUACAAAUUGAUAGUUCAGACAUCACAUUUGCUUUCAAGGGAAAUCGAUUUUUUUCAAACUUGCCUGGAGUAGCGAUGAUCUGAGAUAACCUGCAUUCUUUCUUUUAGAAAAAAAAUCUCAAGAUCUGUAGUAGUUGCUCUUCCAUGCUAACCUGCAGAUGGCUUUUCAUCACCAAGAUUCUGUCAAAGCACUCUGGAUGAAAGGUGACAUAAACUCAUGAUGGAUGCUUGGAGACGCUUAAGUGCACAGAGGUCAAGAGGACUCGAAGGAAGUUCCAGUA